GCGCUUCAUAGACCCGGAAGCGGAAACGAACGUUUCGUCACUUCUUUACCCAGUGUUGGCGGCUCUGGUGUUUCUUGUGUGUUGUCUUUGUAUUUCUUCAGGUUUUCGGCUCCCCAGUGAACAGCCAUCAUGUACGACGUGGAUGAAGAUAUGCAGUAUGAUGAGGAUGAUGAUGAGAUCACUCCUGACUUAUGGCAGGAAGCAUGCUGGAUCGUUAUAAGCUCUUAUUUUGACGAGAAGGGUUUGGUACGUCAGCAGCUUGAUUCAUUUGAUGAGUUCAUUCAAAUGUCAGUGCAGAGAAUAGUGGAGGAUGCCCCACCGAUAGAUCUGCAGGCGGAAGCUCAACACGCCACAGGAGAAGUAGAAGAACCGCCAAGAUACUUACUAAAGUUUGAGCAAAUCUACCUGUCUAAACCAACACACUGGGAAAGAGAUGGUGCUCCCUCACCAAUGAUGCCAAAUGAAGCCAGACUUAGAAAUCUAACGUAUUCGGCCCCACUUUAUGUUGAUAUUACAAAAACUGUUGUAAAAGAAGGGGAAGAACAGAUUCAAACUCAGCAUCAAAAGACAUUCAUUGGGAAAAUUCCAAUAAUGUUGCGUUCAACAUACUGUCUUUUAAAUGGCCUCACUGAUCGUGAUCUUUGUGAGUUAAAUGAAUGCCCACUGGAUCCUGGGGGUUACUUUAUUAUCAAUGGAUCUGAGAAGGUCUUAAUUGCACAAGAAAAAAUGGCAACAAACACAGUAUAUGUGUUUGCGAAGAAAGAUUCAAAAUAUGCAUACACUGCAGAAUGUAGGUCUUGUCUGGAGAAUUCGUCAAGACCAACAAGUUCCAUAUGGGUCAGCAUGUUGGCAAGAGGAGGUCAGGGUGCAAAGAAAAGUGCCAUUGGCCAACGUAUUGUUGCAACGUUGCCUUAUAUCAAACAAGAAGUGCCCAUCAUCAUUGUGUUUCGAGCUUUGGGGUUUGUGUCUGAUAGAGACAUUCUGGAACAUAUAAUCUAUGAUUUUGAAGAUCCUGAAAUGAUGGAAAUGGUUAAGCCUUCCCUCGAUGAAGCCUUUGUUAUCCAAGAACAGAAUGUGGCUCUGAACUUCAUUGGUUCAAGAGGAGCUAAGCCUGGUGUCACCAAAGAGAAAAGAAUCAAAUAUGCCAAGGAAGUUCUGCAGAAAGAAAUGCUUCCACAUGUUGGUGUCAGUGACUUCUGUGAAACCAAAAAAGCCUAUUUUUUGGGAUACAUGGUUCAUCGGCUGCUUCUUUCAGCUCUUGGAAGGAGAGAGCUAGAUGACAGAGAUCAUUAUGGAAAUAAGAGGCUGGAUCUUGCAGGACCUCUGCUAGCAUUCCUCUUUAGGGGAAUGUUUAAGAACCUGUUGAAAGAAGUAAGGAUUUAUGCACAGAAAUUUAUUGACCGAGGAAAAGAUUUUAAUUUGGAGUUGGCGAUUAAGACCCGUAUCAUUUCAGAUGGUUUGAAAUACUCCCUAGCUACUGGUAAUUGGGGUGACCAAAAGAAAGCUCAUCAAGCUAGAGCUGGUGUAUCUCAGGUGUUGAACCGACUGACUUUUGCAUCAACCCUUUCUCACUUGCGGAGAUUGAACUCUCCUAUUGGUAGAGAUGGUAAGCUUGCCAAGCCCAGGCAAUUGCAUAACACUCUGUGGGGUAUGGUGUGUCCUGCCGAGACUCCUGAGGGUCACGCUGUGGGACUUGUGAAAAAUUUGGCUUUGAUGGCUUAUAUUUCUGUUGGGUCUCAACCAUCUCCAAUUUUGGAGUUCUUGGAAGAAUGGAGUAUGGAAAACCUUGAAGAAAUCUCCCCAGCAGCAAUUGCAGACGCCACAAAAAUAUUUGUUAAUGGCUGCUGGGUUGGCAUACAUAAGGAUCCAGAACAGUUGAUGAAUACUCUUCGAAAACUGCGUCGUCAGAUGGACAUCAUUGUGUCUGAGGUGUCUAUGAUCAGAGACAUAAGAGAGCGAGAGAUAAGGAUCUACACAGAUGCUGGCAGGAUUUGCAGACCGUUGCUGAUAGUGGAAAAGCAGAAGUUGCUACUGAAAAGGAGACAUAUUGACCAGCUAAAAGAGAGGGAGUACAAUAAUUACAGUUGGCAGGACCUUGUAGCAAGUGGUGUUGUGGAAUAUAUAGAUACCCUUGAAGAGGAGACUGUCAUGCUUGCUAUGGCACCAGAUGACUUGCAAGAAAAGGGUGUUGCGUAUUGUUCAACCUAUACACACUGUGAAAUUCAUCCUUCUAUGAUCCUAGGAGUCUGUGCAUCAAUUAUACCAUUCCCUGAUCAUAACCAGUCCCCUAGGAACACUUACCAGUCUGCUAUGGGUAAACAAGCCAUGGGUGUUUACAUCACAAAUUUCCACGUAAGGAUGGAUACACUGGCUCAUGUCCUAUAUUACCCUCAAAAACCAUUGGUGACUACACGGUCAAUGGAGUACUUGCGAUUCAGAGAAUUACCUGCUGGGAUUAAUUCUAUUGUGGCUAUUGCCUCAUAUACUGGGUAUAACCAGGAGGACUCUGUUAUCAUGAACCGCUCUGCUGUGGACAGAGGCUUUUUCCGGUCUGUUUUCUAUCGAUCUUACAAAGAGCAAGAGUCCAAAAAAGGAUUUGACCAAGAAGAAGUUUUUGAGAAACCUACCCGUGAGACAUGCCAGGGCAUGAGGCACGCCAUCUACGACAAGUUGGAUGACGAUGGUUUGAUAGCACCUGGUGUUAGAGUUUCAGGAGACGAUGUAAUCAUUGGUAAAACGGUGACAUUGGCUGAAAAUGAUGAUGAGCUGGAAAGUACCAAUCGACGGUACACAAAGAGAGACAGCAGCACUUUUCUGCGUACCAGUGAAACUGGCAUUGUGGAUCAAGUCAUGGUUACUCUUAAUCAAGAAGGAUACAAGUUUUGCAAAAUCAGGGUACGGUCAGUUCGAAUUCCUCAAAUCGGAGACAAGUUUGCUAGUCGACAUGGGCAGAAAGGAACCUGUGGAAUUCAGUACAGGCAGGAGGACAUGCCUUUUACUUGUGAAGGUAUAACACCAGAUAUAAUAAUCAAUCCUCAUGCCAUCCCUUCUCGUAUGACUAUUGGUCACUUGAUUGAAUGUCUUCAAGGGAAGGUGUCGGCAAACAAGGGAGAAAUUGGAGAUGCUACUCCAUUUAAUGAUGCUGUCAACGUGCAAAAGAUUUCAAAUUUAUUAUCGGAUUAUGGAUAUCAUCUUAGAGGAAAUGAGGUUCUCUAUAAUGGAUUCACAGGACGUAAAAUCACAUCACAGAUCUUCAUUGGACCUACUUAUUAUCAGAGAUUGAAGCACAUGGUAGAUGAUAAAAUUCAUUCCCGUGCAAGAGGUCCCAUUCAGAUUCUGAACAGACAGCCUAUGGAAGGUAGAUCACGUGAUGGAGGUCUUCGAUUCGGAGAAAUGGAGCGAGAUUGUCAGAUUGCACAUGGUGCUGCCCAGUUUCUGCGAGAGCGAUUAUUUGAAGCUUCUGAUCCUUAUCAAGUCCAUGUCUGCAAUCUCUGUGGUUUGAUGGCAAUUGCAAAUACCAGGACUCACACGUAUGAAUGCAGAGGAUGCAGAAACAAAACACAGAUCUCGUUGGUGCGGAUGCCGUAUGCCUGUAAACUUCUUUUUCAAGAGUUGAUGUCCAUGAGCAUUGCUCCACGGAUGAUGACCACAUAGUAUAUGUGUUCAUGCCAAAGUGUAAAAAUAAAUAUUAAAUGCUAUUUUAAUGUUGACUUUAGUAGUCAUUAAAGUGUUAAAGCAGUUUUCAUCCUACUGUGCAAGGCUGUAUAGCUGCAAAGCGUGAUCUGUAUUUAGUUUUCUAGUUCUUAAUGUUUCUUGAGGAAGCUAAAUUACGUAUGGUUUUUACAUAUGGCUCAAUCUUCCUCCUCCAAGUAGAACAAUAUAGUAGUCUUUGCUUUAAAUAAAUGUAAUU